GUUGCUGUCGUUUGGUUUUUCCGUUCGAAAUUGCUGUCCGUGUUUUCCAUUCAGUUUUCGGCUCCUUCGAACGCCGUUAUCCCGUCCACCAGCAAUCCAUGACACCGCGCACACCGCUUUAAUGGUUGGUUCUCCGUGUUACACUUGAGCCCUGAGCCCGCACUUGGCACACUUUGAUCGAUUUCGUUGGCAGUUUGGCACCGUUGCUUUCGUUGUACCACUUUCUCUUCGAACGGUUCACCCGCGACGCCCGUAGUUCAGUCUCUGCGAAGAGUCCUGUGCGGUCAAAUGGAGCACAAGCACCUGCUGGUAAAAAAUAUCGUAAAAAUUCUGCUGACCACCUCCAAAUACUUCCACUGCCCGUUCUGUGCCGACGAGUAUCUGUUCGAGUUUACGCUGAAGCACCAUCUGCUGAAGCAGCACGACCGGGAUUUGGAGCGGAUCGUCAAAUCGCCCGACGCCAGCAUACGGUUCUGCGAGAGCAACAUCUGCCCGUAUUGUGGUGCGCUGUUUUACUACAUCUCGGCCCUUCCGAAGCACAUCAUGAACAGUCACAGCCGCGAAUGUCUGCACAAGUGGCAGGCCAUCGAAAAGGAGAACAGUUUGGCCCGGAAGAUAGCGGCCGAACCGAGCAUCCGUUGCGUUCCGUGUUCGCCCGGGUUGAGUGAGCUGUUCGAUGAGCUCAGUACCAGCGGCACCAGAUACGGUGGUGGCGGCGCCAGUGGCGGUAGUGUGAUGUUGACGAAACCUUCGCCACUACUGAAGACGGCCUUACGCAACAUGAACCGCAUUACGUCGGGUCCGACGGCCAGUGGCUCGCAGCAUAAUCUGAUCGAAGAAACCGCUCACCAGCAGCCCCCACACGCCCACGGAACGGCGUGGUCCAGUUUCGGUUUCGAUAGCUCCAUGCCUCGCCGCACCCAGCAUUCAUCCGUCCGCCGGGAGCUACAGUUUGACAAUCAUUUCGUGGGUCAGGCGACCGCAUCCUCGCCGGACGCGAACUUUGUGCCCGGUUCGCUGGCCAUCCGGCAGACAGAGCUCAUCGGAAGUGGCUCAUCGUCACCGUGCAGUGAGUCCAUUUCUUCCGUGCGGAAGCCCAAAUUCCAGCGCAAACGGUUCAACCUUCGGUCGAUCAAACCGAAGCUCAACUUCCGGAAGUACGUGCUGUCAAAGUUUUCGAAAAAGUAUCACUGCAAAAUCGUAACGAGCACGCCGAACAAUUUUCUGGACGACUCCGGCAGUCGCGACUCGGUGCGCUUCCUGGCGCACAAUCAGGAGCGCUGGAACCGCAUCCACUUCGAAUGACGGCGGUACGGUUCGCCGUUUGCCUGCGUCGUCGAGUACCUGUGCGGACUGCUGUUUUGCUGCGUUUGAGGGCCAACUUUGUUUCGUGUCCGUUCGGUUAGUGUUUCAGUUGCCCGGUUCAAGCUGUAUUUUUCUUCAAACUUCAUAAAUGCAAACGAAUAGAAUACUAGGAUUACAACGAUAAGCAGGCUGUGCAACGUUCCGUUCCCGUGACCAAUAGGUCAAUCUUGAUGGAGCACAUUUUACUUACAGAUUUUGACCGUUCAAAGUAUGUCGUCACUGUGCCACGAGAAGCACUCGGAACAUGGGGCACGUCUGUCGUCUGUGAUCUCGUUAGCAUCCCGCUCGGAAGACGAUCGCUAUUUUAUUGCUUAGUAGGCGCGUAGCAGCGACCCGUUUAUGCGGAAGCCUUAUUAAAAAACGGAGUGAGUAGACCCUUGCCACGGUGCCGGAAGUGAGCAGAAAUUAGGCCAAAGGAACGACACUUUGUGCGUCAUCAUAAUGAUAAUAACAUAAACACCAAAACCUAUUAUAGAUAUACGCGAACACUUUGGACCAAACAACAAGAAAAAGCCUUUCAAAUCUUCGGUCACUAACGAUUGCUCCAUCUCGAUAAACCAGACCGCGCCCUCAGCUUGUGGGCCGCGAUCGACUCAUUAAGAAGCGUACGAUAUUUAAAAAUCAUUAACACAAACGAAGUGGGUGCGCCAAACAAGCGAAUAGCACUGUGACCACGAACUCAGAAUUAGAACCUAAAAAGGGACGCAUUUUUCCACUCGUUAAUUUAUGAACCUAAAAUAGAUUUACCAAACGAUUUAACGUAAAAACAGCGAAUAGUUUGUAGGGAGUAACACAAAAAUCAAUCUCAUUCUUGCCUUCCAUCGAAUCUAACAAGCGAAAUGAAGCAAACGAAACACCAAACUUGUAGUUCUACGAAAAAUGUUUCACUCGCAAUCUCGUACAGCAACUAGCGUGUUAGGACACGAAAAGCAGACCCCGGCGAUGGGACUCUGCGCGGAGUCUACUCUACGACUAAAGCAAUUAUCUCUCUAGCCUUAAAACCCAAGAGUACACUUUUUAUCCUACGCAACCAGUUAUUAGAUAUCAAUCGAUCGCUACCGACUCGUUUGCUCCUCGAAAAAAAAAACCGGCGAAACAUUAUGCUCAAAAGCAUAACAGUGUGGUGGGAAAUAUAAAGUAUUUACCAUAUAAAUUGUGGUCGUUGACGCGU